AAAUUCUUUGCAUCUAUUUGCUUCUAUGUAUUCCCCAUUAAUAAAUGAUUUUGUUGUGCCUGCAAGCAUUUCUUCAUCAUCUCCUAACAAUGGCUUCCUCCAUCCGAUCCUCUCUUCUCUUCUCUCUCUUCUUCUUCCUCGCCGCCGCUGUUGCUCCCUCUCUCCAGCAAUCCUUCCGCCCCAAGGCCCUCGUCCUCCCGGUCUCGAAAGAUGCUUCUACCCACCAGUACCUAACCCAGAUUUCCCAAAGGACCCCCCUCGUCCCUGUCGACCUCGUCGUCGACCUUGGCGGCCAGUUCCUCUGGGUCGACUGCGAGCAGAACUACGUCUCCUCGACGUACCGUCCGGCCCGUUGUGGCUCUGCUGUGUGCUCACUGGCCCGUGCCGGCGGCUGUGGUGACUGCUUCUCUGCUGCCAGGCCCGGCUGCAACAACAACACGUGUGGCGUCACCCCGGAUAACACCGUCACGCACACUGCCACGGGCGGUGAGGUCGCGUCUGAUGUCGUUUCAGUAAACUCCACCGAUGGGUCCAACCCAGGCCGGGCCGUCAACGUUACCCGGUUCGUCUUUGCUUGCGCCCCGAGCUCUCUCUUGGAUGGCCUGGCUAGCGGAGUCCAAGGAAUGGCUGGCCUAGGAAGGACCAGGAUCGCGCUGCCCUCGCAGUUCGCCUCCGCCUUCAGCUUCGACCGGAAAUUCGCCGUCUGCCUCUCAUCGUCGGCCACGUCCAAUGGUGUGAUCUUCUUCGGUGACAGCCCCUACAAUCUCCUCCCUAACAUCGACGCUUCGCAAUCCCUCGCGUACACGCCGCUAUACAUCAACCCCGUGAGCACGGCCUCGGCGUACUCUCAGGGCGAGCCCUCGUCAGAGUACUUCAUCAAAGUGACCUCCAUCACGGUCGGCGACAAGACGCUAUCCCUCAACUCGACCCUACUCUCGAUCGACAGCAAAGGCUAUGGCGGCACCAAGAUCAGCACCGUCGAACCCUACACCGUCCUCGAGUCCUCCCUAUUUGCCGCGCUCACCGAGGCCUUCGUCGAGGAAGCCGCGGCAAUAAACAUCACCAGGGUAUCGGCUGUGUCGCCGUUCAAGUACUGCUUCAGCACUGCGGGCAUAGGGAGCACGCGUGUCGGGCCGGCGGUGCCAUAUAUCUUCUUGGUGUUGCAGGGCGACCAGGUCGUGUGGACGAUCACAGGGUCGAACUCGAUGGUGGCCGUGAGCGAGGACGUGCUGUGCCUGGGGUUCGUGGACGGAGGGUCGAGGCCGAGGACGUCGGUCGUGAUCGGAGGGUACCAGUUGGAGGACAAUCUGGUGCAGUUCGACCUGGCGAGAUCGAGGCUAGGGUUCAGCUCGACUCUGCUCGGAAGGCAGACCACGUGCGCCAAUUUUAACUUCACCAGCAGUGCAUGAAAAUUACUAUGAAUUGUAUUAGUUCGUGCAUUAUUUUGCACGCGACUUGAAUUUUCUACAUGGAAUAAGUGCACUCGGGGAAAUAUAGGGUGCAAUAAAUUGGCCCGAAAA